UUUAAAAAUUUUCGUAUCUCUUGUUAAUCAUAUAUAAAUAGCAAAUUUCAGUUUAUUUUCAGUAGUAAACUGGUAGCAGAACAUCGAAAGCUGUUCACCUUCAGUUGUUCCUUAAUCAAGAAACUACUUAAACCCCACCCGAUCCAUCAAAUCAAGGCGCAUUGCUAAUUUUAGGGACAAACCUGUAGACAUGUCUUCCCCAAAAACAGCCGAAGUAAAAGACAUCAUUACCAGCGACAUUGUGGUUAUUUUCUCCAAAACUUACUGUCCCUACUGUAAACUGGCAAAAGAAGUGUUUGACAAAAUACAACAGAAGUAUACAACUAUAGAGCUGGACUUGAGAGAUGAUGGUGAAGAAAUACAAGGAAUUUUAGGAAAAAUAACUGGUGCAAGAACUGUGCCUAGAGUUUUUGUUAAAGGAAAUUGUGUCGGUGGUGGAUCAGAUGUUAAAGCUCUUUACGAUAAAGGUGAAUUGCAACCCUUAGUAAAAUAAACUGCUGCAAAUUAUUUAUUAUUAAUGUUAUACAGAAAUGUACCUUCGUAAUUUUGUCACAUGAUAUUAUAUAUAAAAAAUAUACUGUACUUGUAGGUGUAUGUCCCUUAAGUUUUUUAAUAAAUCUCAAGUUCAAUAAAAUAAUAGAUUGAACUUGAAAGUAAAAA